CAAAUCUAUCUGGCCUAGUCAAAGGCUAUGCGUGAUUCAAUGAAGCAGGGACGUCCGCAGUUCGCACCUGAAUGGCAGAUUUCAGUAGGCUGCUAUGGAUCUUAUCGAGCUUGUGUAUUGUACAGUGACGUGACAUCAACAUCUCUCAAGACGCAUGCAAGAGCUUAAAGAGGAAGCGUGACCCCAUCAUGGUCAUUAACAUGGUCGAUUUUACCAGAAGUUGUUGCCUAUUGGUGUGCGCCAUGUGUCUUACUGUUUUGAAGAAAGGGCAAGCUGCAUCGUUGACAGCAUCACCGCAAGAGAUUGUAAUUGGAGGCAACAACCCUACGACCGAGUUGUUCAUCGUGUGCACGGCGGACGCGCCUGGACUAUCACGGGUGUUUGAAAUGGAGAUUGGAAGGAGGGACCAUCGUGGCACAAACGUCCCUUUAGUGUCAAUUAUCUCCUCAGAUACAACCGUACAAGUGCAUCACCAACACGUAGACGACCUUCAAACUGAAUCACGCCAUGGCCGCUUAACACCGUUUGGCGCCGUCGGUGGAGCGUCAGGGAGCCUUCAGUUCUCGUUGACUCAACUGUAUUGUUAUGAUGCUUCGGAAUACUACUGCACAACGGCGUACAUUGCGGGAUCUCUCGGUAGCGACCGGGACACGCUCAACAUCACCGUCAAAACCUACCCAGAGCACAUAGCAAUGUCCAUCACCGACAAGAAGUUGGACUAUAUUGAGGGCGACCAGAUAAAGCUGACAUGUUCAGGCAGUCUGGGCAAUCAGAUUAACGUCAGCAAUCACCAGAACCCGUGGCUCUGGGACUGGCGAUCUGGGGAGAGUGAGGACACCCCAUGGACACAGUACCCUCACCCUAACAACGUCAACUACGACAGCCCCUCCUACGGGGACUGCACGUUCACAGCUGCCACAACACUGGUGCAUACCGUCAUUGAUCGAGACAAUGGAACGCAGUUCAGAUGCUUCGUCUUCAGUGCCGAGUUCAGCGCAAACACGACGAUUUAUCUUAAACUUCCAGAUUCAAGACCUUCCACGGCAGUAGGAGUGACGAAGAGCACACGUGUCUACGUGGGUCUCGUUUUAUCACUGGUGUUCAUCUGCACCUGAUGUAUCAUAGCAGUAACGUAACAGCAAGACAUUCAUAGACAUUGUAAAGUGUUCAGAGACCUGGCUGGCACCAAGGUUUUGUAUCUCCCUUCGCAAGUUGCUCAUUACAGUUGUAUUCUACACCGUCGACGAAUAUCAUAUUUGUAUCCAAUUUGCUGGUAUUAUUGAGUGCACCUUGAGGUAUCAUGACGAUGGAGGUUGGCAUUAAACAUGUAUUAUUCAAUAAAGAAAAGU